GCUUGGUGGAACUUAGAGCGGAAGACAUGAUGGCCACAUCUCAAGAUCAAAGUCUGGGUUCCAGUUCAGAUGAAAACUGUCAAUUGAGAUUUCGAGAGAAGCUUCUAGCUAUCGAUUUGGAACUGAAGUUUCAAGAUGUAGAAAGCCUAAAGUUUCUCUGCAUAGGUUUCAUCCCCCAGAAUAAGAUGGAAAAGUGCAGGUCUGCCUUGCAUCUUUUUGAUUAUCUCAUGACAGGGGAGAUAAUAAGUGUAAAAGACCCCUUCUUCCUGGCAGAACUCCUCUAUACCAUCAAGCAGAAUUAUCUGCUGCGGCACCUCGGCUACACCAAAAAGCAGGUGGAAUGUUUACUUCCCAUCAGAGGGAAGCUGUCUCCAUUCAGAAAACUGCUCUAUGAACUGUCAGAAGGCAUUGAUGAAGAGAAUUUGAAAGACAUCAUCUUUCUGCUGGCAGAUAAGAUUCCCAAAGUCUCGAUGAGUCCUCUAAGUUUAUUGGCCUACCUAGAAAAAAACACUGAAAUAGAUGAAGAUAAUGUGAUAUUACUGGAGAAGGUUUUUAAAAAGGUUGCACCUUUCCUUCUAAGGAAGAUAGAGAACUAUAAAAGAGAGAAAGCUGCCCAGGAAGUGACACCUCCUGUGGACAAAGAAACUGAAUCAUUGCCUCAAGGACAGGAAGAAAUAUUUACUCCAUCAGACAUUAAGCGGUUCCGUGGAGCCUUAACAGAGACAAUUAUGUACAGGAUGGAUCGGAAACACAGAGGCCACUGUAUCAUUAUCAACAAUCACAGCUUUACCUCCCUGAAAGAUAGACCAGGAACCCAUAGAGAUGCUGAGUGUCUAAAGCUUGUGUUUGAGUGGCUUGGGUUCACAGCACACAAAUAUGAUGAUGUGACUAAAGGAGUCAUGGACAAGAUUCUGCAGGAGUAUAAGAGUCAUCCAGGCCAUGCUGAUGGGGACUGCUUUGUGUUCUGCAUUCUGACCCAUGGGGAAUUUGGAGCAGUCUACUCUUCAGAUGGAGUCCUAAUUCCUAUUCGGAGUAUCAUGCAUCACUUCACAGCCCAGCAGUGCCCUGGGCUGGCUCACAAACCAAAACUCUUUUUCAUUCAGGCCUGUCAAGGGCCAGAGGUACAAACUUCUGUGUUAACUGAAGCAGAUGCUCAGAAUUCUAAGCAUCUUUCCCUUAUGGAUAGUGUUCCCACUGAGGCUGACUUCUUGCUUGGUCUGGCCACUGUCCCAGGCUAUAUGUCCUUUCGGCAUAUAAGAGAUGGCAGCUGGUAUAUUCAGUCUCUGUGUAAUCAUCUGAAGAAGUUGGUACCAAGACAAGAAGACAUCUUAUCCAUUCUCACUGCAGUCAACAAUGAUGUGAGUCAACAGGUGAACAGCGACGGAACACUGAGACAGAUGCCCCAGCCUGCUUUCACACUAAGGAGAAAACUCGUGUUCCCUGUGCCACAGAAUGCACUUUUAUUAUUGUAGAGCGUUUUCACUGGCUCCUAGAUUUGAAAGGAAACUUUGAUUAUGUCCUCCGGCCUCCCUCCCAGCAUGGGAAUUGGUGAUAGGUGGUGAGUUGGUCUCCACCUGUCAUUCUAGCAAUGGAAAUACCUUGUUUUAUGAUAGUCAAUUCUACUUUUUUUUUUCUUUUGACAAGUCUACAUAUUAGAAAACUUCAUUGAUUAAAGACUUGGGUUAUAGCCUUG